CUCCGCCUCCUCCUGGUCUUUUCGGCUCAUGCUGCAGAGAAGUGCAGCUGCUCUCCUUCGGGUUUGCUUCCUCAAGCCUCGCACUUUCCCUUUAACCCUCGUGUGUGGCACUGAGCCGCUCGCCCAAGCAGCCACUCUUUCCUCCUUGGCGGCGGGGAGAGCAGCAGCUGGUACUUCUUCCCGGACGAGCAGGAAGGUCGGAAGAAAAGAACAGCAAAUGGACGGAUGUAUCGAGGAGGUGCUGGCCCCUCUCCGGCAGGCGGUGCGAGAGCAGGGAGACCUGGUGCGCAAGCUGAAAGAAGAGAAUGCACCUGAUGUGGAAGUGAGCAAAGCUGUUGCUGAGUUGAAAGCACGGAAGAGAAUCCUGGAGGCCAAGGAGCUGGCUUUACAACCAAAAGAUGAUGUAGUGGACAGAACUAAGAUGGAAGACACUCUUAAAAGAAGGUUCUUUUAUGAUCAGGCUUUUGCUAUCUAUGGAGGUGUUAGUGGUCUUUAUGAUUUUGGUCCAAUGGGUUGUGCUCUUAAAAACAAUAUCAUUCAGAUUUGGAGAACUCACUUUAUUCAGGAGGAACAGAUUUUUGAAAUUGACUGUACAAUGUUGACACCCGAGCCAGUACUUAAGACUUCCGGCCACGUGGAUAAAUUUGCAGAUUAUAUGGUAAAAGAUGUAAAAAAUGGAGAGUGUUUCCGUGCAGAUCACCUUUUGAAAGCUCAUUUACAAAAGCUGAUGUCUGAUAAAAAAUGCACUGCUGAGAAAAAAGAAGAAAUGGAUCAAGUUAUCACUCAGAUGGACAACUAUAACCAAGAACAACUGGCAGAUCUUUUUACAAGGUACAAUGUAAAAUCUCCAAUAACCGGAAAUGAACUAAGCCCUCCAAUGUCAUUCAACCUCAUGUUUCAGACAUCUAUUGGACCAGGUGGAAAUACUCCAGGCUAUUUAAGGCCUGAAACUGCUCAGGGAAUCUUUUUGAAUUUUAAACGUCUUUUGGAAUUCAACCAAGGAAAACUACCCUUUGCUGCUGCACAGAUUGGAAACUCCUUCAGAAAUGAGAUUUCUCCACGGUCUGGCCUUAUUCGAGUCAGGGAGUUUACAAUGGCAGAAAUAGAGCACUUCGUUGAUCCAAAUGACAAGCAGCACUCAAAAUUCAAAAAUGUAGCAGACCUGGACAUUAAUCUAUAUUCCUCAAAAGCUCAAACUAGUGGACAGUCUGCACAGGUGAUGAAGCUGGGUGAUGCAGUAGAACAGGGUGUGAUCAAUAACUCUGUUUUGGGAUAUUUCAUUGGAAGGAUUUACCUGUAUUUGUUGAAAGUUGGUAUAUCAAAAGACAAACUCCGAUUCCGUCAGCACAUGGACAAUGAAAUGGCACAUUAUGCUUGCGACUGUUGGGACGCAGAGACCAAAACAUCUUAUGGAUGGAUUGAAAUUGUUGGCUGUGCCGACCGUUCCUGCUAUGAUCUGUCCUGCCAUGCCAGAGCUACAAAAGUACCUCUUGUAGCAGAGAAGCCACUUAAGGAGCCAAAAAUUGUCAAUGUUGUUCAGUUUGAAGCCAACAAAGGAGCAAUUGGGAAAGCCUACAAGAAAGAUGCAAAACUGGUGAUGGAAUAUUUGAAUAUCUGCGAUGAGUGUUAUAUCACUGAUCAGGAAAAACUCCUGAAUGAGAAUGGUGAGUUUACAAUUGAAACAGAGGGCCAAACAUUUAAAUUGACUAAGGAGAUGGUGAGCGUGAAGAGAUUCCAAAAGACGCUACAUGUGGAAGAAGUUGUUCCCAAUGUAAUUGAACCUUCGUUUGGCAUUGGAAGAAUUAUGUAUUCCAUCUUUGAACACACAUUCCAUGUCCGAGAAGGAGAUGAACAAAGAACUUUCUUCAGCUUCCCUGCAACUGUAGCACCAUACAAAUGUUCUGUCCUUCCACUCAGUCAAAAUCAAGAAUUCAUGCCUUUUGUCCGUGAGCUCUCUGAAGCUUUGACCAGACAUGGAGUUUCACACAAGGUUGAUGAUUCUUCUGGUUCUAUUGGACGCCGGUAUGCCAGGACAGACGAGAUUGGCGUUGCCUUUGGCAUUACUAUUGAUUUUGAUACAGUUAAUAAGACACCGCACACAGCCACUUUAAGGGACCGAGACUCAAUGCGCCAGAUCAGGGCUGAGAUAUCUGAGUUGCCUACAAUUGUGCGUGACCUUGCAAAUGGAAUCAUAACUUGGAAUAACGUGGAAGAGAAAUACCCAAUUUUUGAAGGUCAGGAGACCGGAAAAAAAGAGGAAUAAUCUGCCAGCCACUGCAGAGUCGUCAAUAAAAGAACAUUUAUACUUCUGAAAAACAAUUGUAUUGUGAAAUCAGUAUCAUCCUUCCUUUUUGUUUCACCACUGAAU